AUGAUUGAUUCUCCUGUGAGUGAGCCCCCUAUUAUCCCAACAGCACGAGUUAGACUUUCCCCAACAACUCCCCAUUCAUCUCUUCCCGUAUACGACAGCCAUCCCAACCCUCGCCCCAAUUCUUCUUUUCCCCAACGAGUCAGACUUUCCCCAGCAGAACCCCGAUGCAUCCCUUUCCAAACAUCUGAGACCUUCCUCCCUCACAACGAUUCUCCUUCUCCCCAACAGGACGCAUCGGACUUCAAAUGCAAGGGCGGCAAGAAGCCCAUCUACACCCCGCCCAAGCCUGUAGUGGGAGUGAUUGGGGCCGCCUCCUCCUCCGUGUCCGUCAUGAUAGCAAAUAUCUUGAGACUGUUUAAGAUCCCUCAGAUAAGCUACGCCUCCACCUCCACCGAGCUCUCAGACAAGUCCCGCUUCGAGUACUUCAGCCGCGUGGUGCCUCCCGACAACUUCCAGGCGAUGGCGAUGGUCGAGGUGGUCAAGGCCUUCCAGUGGCGCUACGUCUCAACGCUAGCGGACGAGGGAGACUACGGUGAAAAGGGCAUCGCUUCCUUUACCAAGCUGGCCGAGGCUAAGGGGCUGUGCGUGGCGGUGGCUGAGCGAGUCUUGAGGAACACGCGGCCAGAGGACUUCGAUCUGAUCAUUGAGCGCCUCAGUACCAAGCCCCAGGCGAGGGUGGUGAUCAUGUUCGUUAACGAGGACAACACCAGGCGGUUGCUGGCGGCGGCGGUGAAGGCGGGCAAGGUGGGCCAGUUCCUGUGGGUGGGCAGCGAUUCGUGGGGCGCCAAGAUCCACCCGGUGAGGGACCAGGAGGAGGCUGCCCUGGGCGCCAUCACCAUCCUGCCCCAGCGGACCUCUCUGCAAGGUUUUGACAAUUACAUCCGGAGGUUAAGGCCUCGAGAAAAGGGCAAGCCUUGUUCAGAACGAGGCCCCGGGGAAGGCGAGGAGAGAAACUGUCGGAACGUGUGGUUCAAGGAAUUCUGGACCCAACACUUUAACUGCACCUUCAGGAGCCCGCUGCCGGAGGGUCGCCGCGCCUGCACCGGCAACGAGACCAUCACGCACGAGCAGGAGGGCCUCGUCCCCUUCGUCGUGGACGCCGUGUAUGCGCUGGCCUGGGCCCUGCACGCGCUCCUCAAGGACAAGUGUGGCGCGAUGACGGUGUGCGAGGAGGUGCUGCCGGCGCCCUCGGGUCCCAUGAUGCUGGAGUACAUCAGGAACGUGUCCUUCAUAGGGCGGCAGGGUCGGGAGGUAAAGUUCAACGCGGACGGGGACGCUCCAGGCAGCUAUUUCAUCUACCAGUACCAACGCGUCCCGCCCAGCCCCCACGGUCACGACUACGACUACGUCCUCAUCGGCAACUGGACGGAAAGUAGGCCGGCGCUACACCCACUGAGACACUCCCAACACAACAGCCACCGACGCCGCCAAAGGCUGCAACUGGACCACACGAGACUGAGGUGGACGGAAGGGCAGCGCGGCAACAACACCCAUCCCUUGUCCAUCUGUUCAUCCCAGUGUCCCAACGGCCACAUACGUAACUUCCAGGACUCGUGUUGCUGGUCCUGCGUGCCCUGUCCAGAACACGCCAUCAUCUACAACGAGACCUGUCGCUCCUGUGCGCUAGGAUGGGCCCCGACGGCAGACAAAGUGACCUGCUACAAGUUGACCCCGGAAUACAUGACCUGGGACUCCUCCUGGGCCAUCGUGCCGCUCGUGUUCAGCUCCCUCGGCCUCCUGUGUACGCUUCUCACCACCCUGACCUUCAUCCGCUUCAACACCACGCCUGUCAUCAUGGCCAGCGGGAGGGAACUCUGCUACGUCCUCCUCUCAGGCAUCGCUCUCUGCUAUCUCAUGACCUUCGUGAUCCUGGCCCCCCCAUCGGUCCCCACGUGCGCCCUGCUGCGUGUGGGCCUUGGGCUGGGCCUCUGCAUCUGCUAUUCGGCCAUCUUCACCAAGACUAAUCGCAUCUCGAGGAUAUUUAACCGCGGGAUCAAGUCCAUCAAGCGUCCGUCGUACACUUCUCCACGCUCACAGAUCGUCAUUUGUUCCGGGCUAGUGGGCGUGCAGUUGGUGGGCGUGUUUGCGUGGCUGCUUGUCGAGUCCCCGGCCACGAAGGAGGUGCACCCUUAUCGUCUUGUCGCUGUGCUAACCUGCGGCAUCUCCAACAUGUCCCUGAUUCUCUCUCUGGGGUACAACAUGGUGCUGAUUCUGCUGUGCACCGUCUACGCCUUCAAGACACGCAAGAUCCCCGAGAACUUUAACGAAGCCAAGUACAUCGGCUUUACAAUGUACAGCACUUGCAUCGUCUGGCUGGCCUUCGUCCCCAUCUACUUUGGCACCAACAACGAUUAUAAGAUCCAGCUGGCCUCCAUGUGCAUGUGUGUGAGCAUCAGCGCGUCUGUGUCCCUCGGCUGUCUCUUUUCUCCCAAAGUCUACAUCGUCAUCUUCCAGCCAUACAAGAACGUCCGUCAGGGCUCUGGACCCGUCAAGAACAAGAGCUACGGUCAGAGCAUGCGGUUCACCUCACGCUCACAGACGGCGCAGUCAGUGCUGUCUGUGAACCACUCCAGUGUGCACGCCCCGCCGCCCUCCACCAUCAGCCAGCACGUCAACGGUGACUCUCUGACAGUGACGACCCCCAGCGUGGAAGACACGUCAAUCACCUAGGGGCGGCGGGAGGUGCUGCUCUAACUGGAGACGCACCUCCCAGCGGGGUCCCUGACUUUGAAAGCGGCAGCGAGCGGACGUUUGCGCCGCUACAUAACUUCACGGGAGGUUCGUUCAUGAGGGCUCCAUCAGAGGUAGGUAGCAGCGGCGCAAGCCUUGGGGAGACCCUCAGUAUUGUAGAAGAGUGCGACUUUGAGGAAGAAGAAGAAGAGAGAAGGGAAAGUUUUGAGGAAGAAUAUUUGUGGAAGGAAGAGGAUGAUGACGAUGACGACGAUGAUGAUGAAGAGGACGAAAGUUCAAAUGACGAAUAUGAGAACAACAACCCCAAAAAGAAGACCGCCGUGGACGAAUCAACGUACCUGUGAAGGUUCGGCGGGCGCGGCUGCUGCUCGCGGUCUGGUGGCCUGGCCGGCGGAGAUGGCCAGCUACCGGACCACGCCGCCGCGCCCACGAACCCCGUACCCCGCCGGGAGAAUUGCCUCCAGGAAGGCAGCACCUCGUGUGACGCUACGCACACUGAGCCACGCUUCACUGCUCACUACUGAAGCUCCCCACUGCCAGCGGGGAGAGUGUCCAGCGGACCGCAGCCCCUCGCCGGCCUGACCUACGAGCGGGCUGCGGCCUUCGGGACUUCUUCUAGUAUUAUCUGUUAUCAUGAACCUGUUAACUACAAAAUGUUGUUUAGCUGUUGUGUUCUCGACCUUAACUACGUGAUGGUGCUGAGUACCCCCGUGCCCCCUGCCCCCCCCUGCCUUGCCACACCCCACGCUUCGCCGCACGCCAUCUGCCGCGCCGCCCGGCCCAACGCAGCCAGUGGUCAUCGGCCAGGCGGCGUGGAAAACGUUACGCCCCGCCCCGCCUUGCCCCGCCCGCCCAUGGCUGAGGCAGCGGCGAGGGCCCAGGGUUACUCCCUGAGCAGACAGAACCCGGGGCGGGAGGGCCGGGAGGAACAUUACGAGACUUUAAUCAAUGUUUAAGUGUGAGGCGUUGUUACCUUCUCCCUGUGUGUUCUUUUUACGAGCCCUGGUAAGUGUCGCCGCUCUUGUGAUACUCUCCCUCCCUGCAUGCCGGGGCGGCCACUGGCGCGCCACCCACUCUGCCCUGGCGGUGGUGGGCGGCCUGCCUCCACCCUGCACCCAGCACCCGGGAGUGGGCGGGAUGUAUGCCGGGGGAGACCGCGGCCAUGCCCCUUGCACCUUCACACCCACCCUCCAUCCAUCCUUCAUCACGAGGCCAAACAACAAUAAUGCAUCAGGAAGUUUCCGGCAUAUAAAUUACCGGAAAUCUUUCUGGCAAACUUCAAUUCCUCGAUAGUCGUUCCCUUACUUCCUUCAAGUCCCUAGGCCAGCAGGUCGCCCUUGGCUCUCCAAAGGUGACCCUAAAGACCGCCCUGUUACCGGUGCAUAUCUCUUUACCUCAGUCAGUUUCGUCGAUUCAGCUCACCUGGUCUCAAUCAUCUGCCCUCACCUCACCCCACGUCCCCUUCGCCAUAUCUCGCCUCCUUCAUCUGAUUAAGUGACAUCAUAAUACUCCCUCAUUUCCUUCCCCUCUCUGCCUGGCCGCGGCUUCACCCCCUGCUCUGAGCCCUGCACUCCCGCCCACCCCAAUGCCCUCCCCCAUCACGGCCGCCCCCUUUCCCAUAUUGUAUAUAAACGGCUGUACAGUCUUGUUGUGACCAUGCAAUAAAUAUAUAGCGAAAACAAAACAUAAUCGUGUCCUUACCCUUGUCAUUACUCAGUGGGAGGUUUCUUCAGUUGCUGCCACAUCUCCGCUAUCAUCCCGACCACAAGGACCACUUCUCCGGACACCGCCACGACAAACACCGCAGCCAUCAUCCAUCACUCGAGGAGAGAGACGGAGGCGGCGACCGUCCCCACCACCGCC